CAUUUUUCUAUAUACUUUUCAUCACUCAAUUUUGCUAUGGACAAAUUACCCGCUUUCCUCUCCACUGAUUGUCGAGUGACUCGAGUCUUGACCAUUAGCAUCCACAUCUUUCAGCUCAAUCUCAUUCUCAGCAUAAACACACAGCUUACUCCUGUCAGUGUGUGUUCUUUUUGUUGCUUAAAAGCUUCCGACCAAUGGCGGCCCGGAAAAUAUCUGCCGCCUCUGCCAGGACCCAUACCCGCGGACCCAAGGCAACAGCUGCUUCAAAAUUCUCAGGGAUAUUGAGGAAAGUCUUGUUAGUUGGGUUUGUGGGGCUUUUAGCUUGGGCUUACCAGGCAACGAGACCUCCACCGCCAAAGAUAUGUGGCUGGACAAAUGGGCCCCCAAUUACAGCACCGAGAGUACACCUUAAGGACGGUAGACAUAUAGCCUAUCAAGAAGUUGGUGUACCAAAAGAAACCGCAAAGCAUAAGAUUGUGUUUAUCCAUGGGUUUGAUUCAUGCAGGCACCAUGUUUCAGCAUUAGCUGGCCGCCUCUCCCCUGAUAUAAUUGAAAGUGAAGGGAUCUACAUAGUCUCGUUUGAUAGGCCUGGUUAUGGAGAGAGUGAUCCUCACCCUACACGAACGGUCAAGAGCUUGGCUUUGGAUAUUGAGGAGCUUGCAGAUCAGUUGGGUUUAGGACCCAAAUUUUAUGUCGUUGGAUUUUCCAUGGGUGGCCAGGUUGUGUGGAGUUGCCUCAAGUAUAUUCCUCACAGCUUCUACUACACCAAACCACUUCCGAUAAAGGGAGUGGUAAGACAACAAGGAGAGUUUGAGAGCCUUCAUCGUGACUUGAUGAUUGGGUUUGGAAAAUGGGAAUUUGAUCCAACGGAUAUCGAGAAUCCAUUUUCGAACGGUGAAGGUUCAGUUCACUUGUGGCAAGGGGAUGAAGAUCGUCUUGUCCCAGUGGCCUUACAACGUUACAUUGUUGACAAAUUGCCUUGGAUUCAGUAUCACGAGCUGCAGGGCGCGGGACAUAUGAUUUUGCUAGCCGAUGGUAUAUCGGACUCGGUUGUACAAGCACUUCCUUCGAACUUGGAGAAUCCUCUUCCAGAGGUAUCUGUUUCUGUAAUGGCGGCUGGGCCGUCCCGGAAAAUAUCCGCCGCCUCUGCCAGGGCUCACACCCGCAGACCCAAGGCCAAGACUGCUUCCAAAUUCUCAGAUGAAGUGUCUGUUUUUUCACAUCGGAGUGAAGAUCUAAUGAUUGGAUGUUGCCCGAUAUCUGAGAAUGAUUAUGGGAUAUUCAAGAAAAUAUUGGUUGUUGUAUUUGUGGGGCUUUUAGCUUUGGCGUAUCAGGCAAUAAGGCCUCCAUCUCCAAAGAUGUGUGGCUCAGCAAACGGGCCCCCAGUUACAGCUUCGAGAGUACAGCUUAGAGAUGGUAGAUACUUGGCUUAUCAAGAAUUCGGUGUACCAAAAGAAAUCGCAAAGCACAAGAUAGUUUUUAUCCAUGGGUUUCGUUCUUGCAGGCACGAUGUUUCUACAUUAACUGCCUACCUUUCCCCGGAUAUAGUUGAAAAUGAUGGAAUCAGCAUCAUCUCGUUUGAUAGGCCUGGUUAUGGCGAGAGUGAUCCUCACCCUACACGAACAGUCAAGAGCUUGGCUUUGGAUAUUGAAGAGCUUGCAGAUCAAUUGAGUUUAGGAUCCAAAUUUUAUGUCAUUGGAUUUUCCAUGGGCGGACAGAUUGUAUGGAGCUGCCUCAAAUAUAUUCCUCAUAGAUUAGCAGGAGCAGCUCUGAUUGCGCCAGUUGUCAAUUAUUGGUGGCUUGCAUUUCCUUCUAACCUUUCUCGACCUGCGUAUUUGUUGCAGCCGAAGCAAGACCAGUGGGCCCUACGUGUAGCUCAUUACUUGCCAUGGCUUACUUACUGGUGGAACACCCAAAGAUUUUUCCCUGUUUCGAGUGUUAUUGCUGGGGACCUCAUAAAUUUUUCGGAUCAAGACAAGGAACUGCUUCCAAGACUAAUUUCCAUAAAAAAAGAAUAUCAGGAGGUGCCAACUCAGCAGGGGGAGUUUGAGAGCCUUCAUCGUGAUACGAUGAUCGGGUUCGGAAAAUGGGAAUUUGAUCCAACGGAUAUCGAGAAUCCAUUUCCGAAUGGUGAAGGUUCGGUUCACUUGUGGCAAGGGGAUGAAGACCGUUUAGUUCCGGUUUCACUACAACGUUACAUUGCUGAAAAGCUGCCAUGGAUUCAUUAUCAUGAGCUGGCGGGCGCAGGUCAUAUGUUUCUGUUGGCUGAUGGGAGAGCAGAUUCGGUUGUAGAAGCGCUUGUAGCUUGAAAGGGCUUUUGUUUCGUUUUUGUUUUGCCUGUAUUUGUAUUUGGUACUUAUGUCCAUUUCAGAAGUUUCGUCCCAAUGCUGAAUUUUAUACGGUGUGGUGUGUUGUUUGCAGAGAACUUUUACACAGAACGUUUAAAAUUGGGACGUAGCAUGUUCAUGGCUCAAAUAAAAUAUUUAUAUUUGCAGUAAAUAAAUAUCGAGUAUCUUAUCA